UUGAAAUGUCUGUAAACAAGCAACAUACAGUAGUAGUAUUCUUGCGGUGAUCGUUGAGAGGUGCACAUCGUUGACCUGUUCCUAUCUUGAUCCUAACCUAAGAAAAGUAGAUAUUAACAAAUAAAUUGUUGGGAUACAUAGUUAAUAUUCCAUUAAUGUACAUAACAUUUACUCAUACUAAUGGGAACUAACAAACAACCCUACCCAUAAAUCCAAAAAUCCCAAGUAUAAAUAUCAGCACCUGGAAACUAGAGUCAUUGGACUCUACUGGAAACAAACCCACCUGAUCUGGUGAAAUUGACACCGCAAGGAGUCAGAAAACCAAGAAAUACAAAAUAAGAAGAAGAAGAAGAUACAGUAGUAGUAAACACUAGAAGUGAAAUUGAUCAGAUAUUAAAUAGAGAUGAAGUAGGACCAAGUUGCCAUUCAAAACCCAUUGGUUUAGUGAAGGUUGAAACAAACUAAUACCCGUUGAUGAAAGCUGAUUUAAGAUGAUGAAUAUUCUGCUGAAACAAUUACAAAUUCUACAUGAACAAGAACUAUAUUCUAACAUCCUGAAAGUGUUUCACUGCGAUUUCACCGACGAGAUCCGAAUUUCGAAUUGCUGCUUUGGACCUAUUGAAAUAAAAAAGUGUGAUUUGGCUCUGUCCAUAGGAGAACAAAAACUUGACACAUAUACCUUACCAACAAAGUUACAAGUUACCCUCUACUAUGCAGACGCAUUGUAUCAUACACAGCAAUAUCUUCAAGCGGAGAACUUAUAUCGACAGGGUUUACAAAUUAGGAAGAACAUACUGUCAAAAGUUAAAAAUUCAAACAAAAUAGCCGAAGUUCAGAAUGAAAUAGCCAGCGAUGUUGAUAUCAAAUUCAAAAUACAUAUGUGCUGUAUAGCCCUGAAACAAAAGUCAGCCGCCGUAGAAAUUCUGCAAAUGGUGUCUGCUAGACUGCGGACUCCGAAGAUCAAUAUGGCUCUUGGGAAUAUUUAUAAAGAUGUGGGAAUGGAACGUUCUGCAAUAACUUGUUUCAAGGAAGUUCUCAGGGAGUGCCCUCUGGCUUUAGAAGCAGUGGAUAAUUUAUUGAAGUUAGGAAUCAAGGGAGUAGAAGUAAACUCUUUAAUGGUGGAAGUUUCUUCAGAGAUAUCUUGGCUGAAUUCCUGGAUAAAAGCACAAGCUCAGAUGCAUUCCAGAGAUUUCGUGAAUGCCAUCAAAACCUACAAGAGCAUGGAUACCCAUGGGCUUUUGAAAGAUAACACAUCUUUACUAGUAAACAUGGCUUAUUGUUAUCAUUAUCUGUGCAAUGAACAAAAGGCUAUAUCAAUUCUACAAAAGGCGAUUCGUUUGGAUCCAUUCCUCUCAAUUGGCAGAGACUUACUGUCGACCUUAUUAGCAGCGUCAGGCACCAAAGACCAUAUCAAAGCAUUGGAAAGCUUGACUCCCGUAAUGGACAUGUCUAUGUGGACCAGCGAGCAAUGGGUGGUUCUAGGUAACUACAUGUAUGCCCUCAAGAAAUACGACAAGGCUGCCUAUUUCGGACAGCAAGCUUGCUUGUUGGACCGCAAGAAUGUCGAGGGCCUUCUUCUCAAGGCCAAUACCCUGUACCAAAUUAAGAAGUAUCAGGAUGCUGUAAGCCAUUGCUCUGAAGCACUGCAGAUAUGUAAUUACAGGUACGAUAUUCACAAAUGUUUAGUAGACUGUUAUAUCCAAACAAAUAGACUGAGAGAGGCCGAAUCGAUGGCAUUGAAUGCUUGCAAACAGCUUAACUUCAGUGCACAUGGAUAUUGUUUACACGCCUCCGUAUUGCUGAAAGAUCCAAUGGCCUCGAGCAAGACUGUCCGCCGUACGUUAGAAAAAGCAGUAUCUCUGGAUAAAACUGGCUCCACAGACGCCCUGCAUAUGUUAGUCGAAUUCCUGGAAGGGGAGCAGCAGUACGAACAAGCAUCCCAACUGUUAUUGAAACAUAUAAGUACACAAAAACCAUCUUCCAGACUACAUCAGAUGCUGGGAGAUUGCUUCGUUAACCUACAAAAAGACGACGAGGCUUUCCAUCAUUACACUGUAGCACUCAAACUCGAUCCAGCCAAUCAAAGGGCCAAUGAAGGUUUGAAUAAUAUUGGCAGGAGUUUGUCGCUCAGUAAGAGGGAUAGUUAUUAUACCUGCGUUGCCGGAGAGACUUCUUACAUUUCUCAAGGGACCAAUUCGUCAGAUCAUGAAGUUGAUCCGGAAAGUGAUACUGAUCCUUGGCCCGCUAAUGGUGAUAUUGAAAGCUUCGAAUAAUUGUUUUAGAUUUUAUGUUCUCUGUGACUUGAUGUGAUUGAUGAAAUAUAGUUUUUUUUUUUCAUAUAUCAUCGAUGAUUCUGUUCAUUGUGUAGGUAGGUCCUGAUAACUGCUUAGUGCUCAUUACUGUGCACAGCAUGUUCA